UGGCUGCAGCGGCGGCGGCUGAAGGGGUUGCCCGCUGCAAGAGCGAGCGCAGGGCUGCGGCGGCGGCGAAGCAGCAGGAGGAGGAAGAGGAGGAGGAGGACGAGGAGGAAGAAGGCGCCUGGCUGGCUCGCCUCUCCGGGGCCGGUCGGUCCCAGCUCUGCAGAGCGCAGCGCGAGUGGGAGACCCCCGCCCUGCCCUCGCCCCCGGCUUAGUUGGCCCUUUCUCCCCUUCCGAUCGCUCCGGACCCUUCGUCCCCCCGCGGCACCAUGAGUUGCUCGGAUGAUGCCGCGAAGGAAAAAUUGCUUUGGAAUGUGAAAAAGGAGGUCAAGCAAAUAAUGGAAGAAGCUGUCACCAGGAAGUUUGUGCAUGAAGACAGCAGUCAUAUCAUUGCCCUGUGUGGGAUGGUAGAAAUUUGCCUUCUCCACAUGCUGAAGCGUCGGGCAUCUGGCUUCUUACGGACGGACAAGAUCGCUGCACUUUUCACCAAGGUUGGCAAGACCUAUGACGUGGCCAGUGAGAUAUGCAGGAAAGUGCAGGAGUUGCUGCAACAGGUUGAAGGCAGAAAAUACCAGCCAGCUGGCCAAGAAUCCCUGAAGAGGCAAGCUUCAACCACAAACAAACCCUCUUCGUUGUCCCCACAAGCCAUCAAGCACAUCUGGGUGCGCACCGCCCUGAUCGAGAGGGUGCUUGAUAAAAUUGUGCAAUACCUUGUGGAUAACAAUAGCAAAUAUUAUGAAAGAGAGGCAUUAUUGGCAGAUCCAGUAUUUGGACCCAUCUUGGCCUGUCUUCUAGUUGGGCCUUGCGCCCUGGAUUACACCAAGCUCAAAACGGCUGACCACUUCUGGACAGACCCUUCGGCAGAUGAGUUGGUCCAGAGGCAUCGGAUUCAUGGAACCCAUAGUCGCCAAGACUCUCCUUCUAAACGGCCAGCCCUAGGAAUCAGGAAGCGCCACUCAAGUGGAAGCACGUCAGAAGACCGCUUUGCCGCUUCGGCCAGAGAUUAUGUGGAAUCGUUGCACCAGAACUCACGGACACAUUUAUUGUAUGGAAAGAACAAUGUGCUGGUUCAGCCGAAAGACGACAUGGAGGCCAUUCCAGGAUAUCUGUCUCUUCAUCAGUCUUCUGAUUCUUUAACUCUGAAAUGGACACCAAAUCAGCUCAUGAAUGGGAACCUGGGGGAUUCGGAACUGGAGAAAAGCAUCUACUGGGACUACGCCUUGAUUGUACCGUUCAGCCAAAUUGUCUGCAUCCACUGCCAUCAACAACCUGACCAAGGUGGGACUUUGGUGCUGGUGAGCCAGGAUGGUAUCCAGAGGCCCCCACUCCAUUUUCCACCUGGUGGACAUCUCCUGGCCUUCCUUUCUUGCCUUGAGAAUGGCCUCCUGCCCCGUGGACAGCUGGAGCCUCCAUUGUGGUCCCAACAGGGAAAGGGCAAAGUUUUUCCAAAGCUCCGGAAACGAAACAGCUACAACCGGUCGAUGGACAUGGAAGAAAUGCCAUCGGUCAUGGAGACGGCUACUGAUUACGUCUUCCGGAUUAUUUACCCAGGUCACAGGCACGAGAACAUAACUAUUAACUACCACCACUUAGCUGCCAGCCGCUCUGCCUCCGUCGACGAUGACGAGGAGGAGGAAGACAAACUGCACGCAAUGCUAUCCAUGAUCUGCAAUCGGAACCUCACAGAUUCUAAAAGGAUGAAAGAUAUUAAUGACAUCACUGAGAUGCAAGGAUAUGGUGCUGGCUUCUUUUCAUGGCAGCUGGACCACUACAGUCAAGGUUCCUUAUGUCUCUCAUGCUCCACAGCUGGCUCUCCACACCUCCCCAGCUGCUGCACUUGUAUCCAUGACAGGACCCCUCUAAAACUGUUGUGUGAAAGUAUGAAGAGGCAGAUUGUUUCCAGAGCCUUCUAUGGAUGGCUUGCUCACUGCCGUCACUUGUCCACUGUCCGAACUCACUUGUCUGCGUUGGUGAACCAUUCCAUCAUCCCUCCGGAUAAACCCACGAGUGCUGCUGAGGGAUUGACCAAAGAGGUCUGGAGCAAGUACCAGAAAGAUAAGAAGAAUUACAAGGAAUUGGAGCUGCUGCGACUAGUCUACUACGGUGGGGUGCAACAUGACAUUCGGAAGGAGGUGUGGCCAUUCUUGCUGGGACACUACAAGUUUGGCAUGAACAAGAAGGAAAUGGAGCUGGUGGACAGGGACAUUGUACGCCGAUACCAGAAGGUGAUGAGUGAGUGGAAAGCCUGCGAGGUGGUGGUGAAGCUUCGGGAGAAAGAGUCUCAGACAACCACCAAGUUUUCCUCCGGGAGCAGCAUAGAUAGUCACGUGCAGCGGCUGAUCCACAGGGACUCCACCAUCAGCAAUGAUGUGUUUAUUUCUGUGGACGAAAUGGACUCUGUAGACCGAGACCUGAAGGCCCACGAAGAACCAUCUUUGACCAAGGUUUGCCUAGAUGCACCCACGGUUGUGGUGGCAGUUGACCAACAACAAUCAGUAGAGUUUGAUUCUCCUGACUCCGGGCUCCCUUCUUCUCGGAAUUACUCCGUCACAUCAGGCAUCCUCUCCAGCAUCGAUGAUGGGCAGAGCAUCUGCUUUGAGGAUGGGACCGAAGAGGAAACCGGCCCAGAACUGCAGAGACCGGAUCUAGAUCACGUUUCACCAAUCAAGGGCUUGGCUUGUUCAAGCUGUGCAAUGGAGGAACGGACAUGUUCCGAAACGGACUCUAAAACAGCUGCAGAAGAGAGCAUCUCUGUGUGCUCUGCUUCCUAUACGAUAGAAAUGCUGGACACUGUUGCCUUAAACUUACAUAGAAUUGACAAAGAUGUUCAGAGGUGCGAUAGAAAUUAUUGGUAUUUCACUGCUGAGAAUCUGGAGAAGCUUCGAAAUAUUAUGUGCAGCUAUGUUUGGGAACAUUUGGAAGUAGGAUACGUCCAAGGAAUGUGUGACCUUCUGGCUCCUCUCCUGGUUAUACUUGACAAAGAUGAGCUGGCUUACAGCUGCUUUACUCAUCUCAUGAAGCGAAUGAGCCAAAAUUUCCCCAACGGAGGUGCCAUGGACACACAUUUUGCAAACAUGAGGUCUCUUAUCCAGAUUUUAGAUUCUGAGCUCUUUGAAUUGAUGCACCAGAAUGGAGAUUAUACGCACUUCUAUUUCUGCUACCGGUGGUUCCUGCUAGAUUUUAAAAGAGAAUUGUUGUACGAGGAUGUAUUUACAGUGUGGGAAGUUAUCUGGGCAGCGAAGCACAUCUCUUCCGAACAUUUUGUCCUUUUCAUUGCCUUAGCACUGGUGGAGUCUUAUCGAGAGAUUAUCCGCGAUAACAACAUGGACUUCACUGACAUCAUCAAGUUUUUUAACGAGAUGGCCGAACAUCACAAUGCCCAGGAGAUUCUGAAGAUAGCAAGAGAUUUAGUCUGCAAGGUCCAGACGCUGAUUGAGAAUAAAUGAAAGUCGGAGCUGCUGGGAGAAUGUGAAGAUUUAGCAUCACUGCAAAAAGCUUUUGAAAGGGGGAGGGAGGGGAGAGGGGAUUUUCCUGCACUUGUCACUUCAAACAAUGUUUUAACAGCAUCUUCCAUGUAAUGAAGUAAACAUUCAAGAGAUUUCUAAGCCUUUAACAAGCAAGGAAAAAAAAUAUAUAAAGCUGAGUUUUGAGUGUGCACAAACAAGUCCUCAUUCUUGGACUCAUUUCAGGGCCAAAAAAUUAUUCUUGUGUAUGUUUUAAUUCUCCCAUUUGUUCCAGUUUUGUCGUGUUCGAAAUUGCCUCUUGCCCUGGGGUUGGUAAGCAAGUGUGUAGAGCAAAAAGAACGAGUUCUUCCAAAUUUGACCAUUGCUAUAAUUUUGCAAAAUGAUUGUCUAGGUUUCCAAAGGAAGCUCUUCAGUUGACUAUAGGAAGGAUAUCCUGUAGAUUUGCCCAAAAUUGUACCAGAUUUAGGAGUAAGGAACCCCCUACUCUUAUCAAGCUAGUAGCUCACAGCUUGAAAAAAAACUUGCUAGAUUGAGAUUGCUCUGUUUGUAUAUUUGAUCAGUCAUUCCAAAGCUGAGUUCCAGCAGUGACUGAUCAAAAAGUGGGGAACGGGAAAACCCUUGUAUGUUUCUGCACAAUCUUGAGGGCUAGAGUCUUGAUUUUUUGCUAGGAAUCCAAAAGAAAGUUGAAUUAGCUGGAUUUGGGAGACCGGUCGCUCUAUAGUGCCCAUUGGAGGAUGCCCCUGUCUGUUUUUCAUUUUGUUUUGUGAAUCUGUCCCCAUGGAAAAAUUUUUAUGCAUCCAGCAUGUCUUUAUUUAUCCACUUGCCUUUAACCAAGUCUGUAUUUGUGGCUACACUCCCAACAGCUUCCAAGCUGAAGCGACAGCCACGGAAAGGGGAGUUUGACAUAGCUCUAAAGUGCCAACAACUUCUGUCCAAUGUAAUAACUCUUUUGUUGUUUCUUUCCUUGGAAUGCAAAAAACAAGUAUUUUUUUGGUGGUGGUAGUGGCAUGCACGCACGCACGCACGCAGUCCCUUGGCCCUGCUCGUUUUAUUUUUGUGUGUGUGUGCAAAGUGUUUGACCCAUGCAUGGUUCUGCUGGACAGUUUCAUGGCAGAGGAAAAUGCUUUCUCCUUUGUGCAUAUUUUCUUUGGAUCAGGGGUCUCCAACCUUGGCAACUUUAAGACGUGUGGACUUCAACUCCCAGAAUCCCUCAGCCAGCUGGCAAAGUUGGAGACCCUUGCUCUGGAUAGCAAAGUGAAGUCUUAACCCUCUCCCAGCCACCCUUAUUAUUGAGGGAUCAAUGUUUUAAACGAGGAAAACUCUGCACUACUUUUUUGGAGAAUGUAUCAUAUGGUACACUUUACUAUAUAAAGACAAAAACAAAACAAAAAAAAGAACACCUCACAACCAAACAAAAAAUAAUUUAACUGUGCAAACUUUGUUGUACUGUUUAUUAUAAUGUUCCGCAUAAUGGUAUUUUAUGAAUAUUGUGUAUUUGCCUUAUUUAUUUUUGUCCAGAGCAAAAAUAUUUUCUUUAUUGCUCAAGAAUUUAUCUCAAGUGCAAACAUAUGUAUAAAGAAGAAGAAAAAAUACAUAUUGU